CCUAAUUGCCUAGUUCUUUCUUUUGGUUUUGUGGUGAAACACGAGCUGGUCGUUUCUUUAUGCGACUCACCCAUGCAGAGAUAAAUGAAAGGCGAAAGAGAGUGCGCAGGGAAGAGAUGAAGGCAGACAGCUGUGUUUUUGUGUUGCUAUUUUGAGCGUCUGGCCGCUGCUCUACUCCCCUGGUCUGGCCCGGCCUAUUUCUGUCCUGGGCUGGUCCUGCUGCUAUUCUUGGCACCUGAGCGAGAGAGAGAGAGAGAAAGUGCAGUAAGAGAGACAGCGCGGUUAGGAAGAGUAACGGAGAGAGAAAGCGUGAGACAGACAGACAGAGAGAGUUUCCUGUACAGAGGUUGAGAGGCAGGAACAGAGCUGACGUUCUCACCUGUGACGUCUCCUCGCUGAUCUACCUGAUGAAACUCGGCAGGGACAGCUAGAAGACAAGACAGAAGAGGCAAAAAGAGGCCCGGAACAACCAGAACGACUGUGCAAGAGAGAGACGGAUCAAAGGAGAGGAAGUUGGGACGCUGAGAGCGAGGUCUGAAGCUCGAGUUAUGCUGCAGACCAUUUAUGAAGCUGACUCCAGCAUCACUGCAGAGUGGAGGAGGAGAAGCCUGGACGCUCACGCCGCUGCCAUCGGAUCAGAUUCGGAGGGGUUGUCUGCAGUGGGCACGUCUGGGGUCAGUAUGCUGGACUGGGACCGUGAUUCUGAUGAUUGGGAGAAGCAGUUACAGCGCGAGCUGCUUCUGAUCCAGAGACAGCAGCAGAUCCAGAAACAGCUACUCAUCUCUGAGUUCCAGAAACAGCACCAGAACCUACUGAGACAACAUCAGGCCCAGCUCGAGGAGCACAUCAAGCUCCAGCAGGCUCUGUUAACUCUCCGGCAGCAGCAGGAAGUGUUCGCUGAGGAGCGUCGGCUGGUGGGUGAGGAGGAGAGAGAGGAGGUGCGAGAGGACGAGAAGGAGCUUCACAGGAGAGAAACGCAGAAACACCAGCACCACAGACGGAAGGAGCGAUCCAAAGAGAGUGCAAUGGCAAGUACUGAAGUUCGGCAGAAACUGCACGACUUUCUGAUGAGUAAAUCGGCUAAAGACCCGUCCGUGUCCGGCGCUGGUUACCCUCUCAGCCGCUCAAAACUGUGGUACAGCUCCGCCCACCCGGGUCCUGCAGAUCAGAGCUCCCCUCCGCUAGGAGAGACUCCGCCCACCUUCAAAUACCCUCUGACCUCUGGCCUGGACUACAGAGAGGACUUCCCUCUCAGGAAGACUGCAUCUGAGCCCAAUCUGAAGGUCCGGUCCAGACUCAAACAGAAGGUUUCUGAGAGAAGAAGUGGACCUAUACGCCGCAGAGACGGCAGCGUUCUCGUCACGCCACUGAAAAAGCGAACUUUAGAACUAACAGAUUCUUCAGCCAAUGAGAGCCCUGCAGGUUCUGGACCGAGCUCACCCAUUGGCUUGUGCAGCAAUGAGAACGGAGCAACAUACCGGUCCAGCACCAACCAAAUUGAGCGUUGUCUGUCUCAGAGUGGCGUCCUACAGACGGAUGGAUCCAUGUCCCUGUUGAAUCUCUACACGUCCCCCUCUCUGCCCAACCUCACGCUGGCUCUGCACCCUGCUCACGCUCACAUCUGCACGGGUACGGCGCUGAAAGAUCGGAGCACAGAAGGACUGGCGGCUGCCGCGUCUCCCGUCUCGCUGGAGUCUAAAGUGAGCAACGGGCAGCAAGCGCUCCUGCAACACCUGCUGCUGAAGGAGCAGAGACAGCAGAGGAUGAUCUCGCCUGUCACAGGCAGCGUUCCCGUGCUGUCCUCGUCUCCUCUGGCGAUGAAGGAGCGUCCGUCCGCGAGCUCUCGCACCAGGUUACCGCGGCACCGACCCCUGAACCGGACGCAGUCGGCGCCGCUGCCACAGAGCGCUCUGGCCCAGCUCGUGCUGCAGCAACAGCACCACAACUUCGUGGAGAAGCAGAAACAGUAUCAGCAACAGAUUCACAUCAGCCAGGUUUUGUCUCAAUCCAUCGAGCAGCUGAGGAACUCCAGCACCCAUCUGGAGGAGGAAGAGGAAGAGUCGGCGGAGCACAGAGAGCCAGAGAUCACAUCGCCCCCUGCUGGAGUCAUCCGCAGCCGCAGCUUCAGAAACUCACACAACGAGCCCGGAGCCGCCCAUGCCAGAGUGAUCCGGCUGAAAACUGAGCCUGAGGACGGAGAGGGAGAGAUUGAGGAAGGAAGAGGGGACGUGAGAGAGAAGGAUACAGGAAGAGAUGCAGGUGAAGAACAGAAGGAGAUUUCAGCUCAGCUGAAACGAAGUGACGCUGAACGCCGUCUUGAAAAUAUGACGGAAACUGAUGUUUGAAAAAGAGAAAUGACGAAAGAAAGGAAGGGCUGAAUCUCAUGAAAACUGUCAAUAUGUCCAGGUCAUAUUAAAACAAAUUAUUUGUUUAUUUUUGUUUAAAGAAAAUUAAGCCUUAAUUUUUUUUUUGCAUUCUGACAAUUAUUUUUGAAAUUUUUUAAAACAUAAUUACAUUUUUUUUUUUUUUGCAUUGUGAGAGUUGUUUUUAAAAUAAAAAACACUAAAAUGAUUAUUUUUUGCAUUUUUUUACAAUCAAAAAAUUUUUAAACUUAUUUAUUAUAUUAUUUUUGCAUUGUGAAAAUUAACAUUUUGAACUUUAAAAAAAAAAAUUAAAAUUAUUAAUUUUUUUGCAUUGUGACAAUUAAUUUUAACAUUUGAAAUUAAAAAAAAAAAUGUAAAGUUGUUUUUUGCAUUGUGACAAUUAUUUUUAAAAUUCAUUUUGUUUUUAAAACAAUUAAAAGUAUUACAUUUUUUUUUUACUUAAAAACAAAAUGUUUAGAGUCAUUAUGAUACUAUAAUUUAUAUAAUUUCUUUUGAUUGUGGGGUGAAAUGUGACCUGGACAUUUUUGAAUUGAGGUUCAACCAAAGAAAAAGAGAGACAGUACGUGAUAAGAAAGAAUCAAAGUGAAGUCAGAUACUGAACGGAAAGAGAAAGUCAAAAGAGUGAAAAUGUGCUUGUCUGUCUUCUGUGCGUCUGUGAUGGAAACACUCACUCAGUCGGAGUUCGCCCUGUUAGUGUGACACUGUAUGUGACCUCUGACCUCUGUCUCUGCUGUGAUCUUCCUUCUAGGUUGUUGUUGUUGUUGUGUGUGAAGCUAAAUAAAGAAAAGCAAUGACCACAGAGCUUCAUUUUACCCCCCACAUUAAAGCAACAGUAGCACAGCAGCUGUUUUUCCACCCGCCCUCGUGUGAAGGGUCAUCUGACUAGAGGAAAUGAUGCUGGCGAGCUUUUCUGCUGCCGCUUAAAUGUCUGUCUGAAGGGUGAUGCGCAGAAACGAUGCUGAAUAACGUCCUUGAUAUCACUGUGUUGUGAAAUCGUCACUGAUUGUUGUCUCGUUUCUGGUGGUCGACCAAUGCCAAUAUAUACACACAACAACAUAAUGAGACGUACUUUCAAUUGCCGAAAGGAAAUGAACACUUACUGAAAACUACUAGUUUUCUCGAUUCCUGUCACGAUUGCACCUGGUUGCGACAAAAACUCACAUUAAGAUGGAAGAGAUGCAGUGAAAAUGCAAUGAUUGCUACUCCCUGCUGUUGUCCAGAGGCCGGAUUUACCAAAAUAUUCUUAAGAAAGAAGUUAAGAAAUUUCUUAAGAUAAAUUCAUAAGUGCAAUUCUUAAGAAAAUCUAUGGCGCUCUCAUAUGUGCUGAAGCUGCUGAAAAUUGUGCUGUAAUUAAAAUGUAAAUAUUAGGUCCCUAUUUGACUUGAUUUGUGGAAUUUCAAAUUCAGCAAAAAGUCACAUGAUGCAUAUUGAUAACCGAUCAUUGUUUAUCGAUCACUGAUAUUAUUUUAGAAGACUCGUGCACGUUAUUUUGGUAUCAUUGAUAGUUUUUAUUAAUAUUUUGAAUUAGUUUUUAUUUUUAUAUUUUCUGUUUUAAUUUUAAAGUUUUAUGAAUUUUGUUGUGUUUUUAUCAUUUUUAUUAGUUGUUUUUUUUUAAAUAUAUCUGUAUUGUUUUUUAAUUUUAUUUCAGUUUUAGUUUUAGUUUAGUACAUCAAGUUAAACAAGAAAUUGAGAAAUGUUGGUGUCUUGCUGAAAUAAAUUGUUUAAUUUUAAGAUUUUAUUUUAUUUCAAUUAAUGUUAAUUUGUAAUUCGUAAUUAACGUAAUUCAGUUAUUUCAAGUAACGAAAUUUUUUUAUUUUUUUAUUUAUUUUUUUAGAGGCCAUUUACAAGACAGUUUUCAACUAAAAAUGGAAAAACGUUUUAUGCGUUUUGGCUGUUCAUUUACACGACAGCUGCGUUUUUGGGGCCUGAAAACGCAAACUUUUGAGAAUGGUUUUAAAAGUGCAAGUUUUCGAAAACAAUACCAUUAUCAUCUCCAUGUAAACUACAAAAACCGAAUUUGUGAAAACUGGGAGGUCAUGCGCGUUACGUGUUCAAUCUGUUGGCACGUAGUGUUUCUUUACAAAGUCACAUCGCCACCUACUGGCCUGGCGGCAGAAUACAGCGUUUAGUCCUUGAACUUUUCUGUUUUUACUACAUCAUUGUCAUGUAAACAUACCCUUAAUUAUAGUUAACUAUAAUAACCCUGAUCCAUAGUUAUAGUACUAUAUAGCUAGUGUUAUGUUGCAAUGCUUAAUAUUUGAAACAACUCAAAUAUUGAAGUCAAAAAACAUCAUUAAAUUUCAUUAAACAUCUUACCGUUAAGAAUUUAAGACAUGAUUUUGAAUAACAUUCUUUUUGGGAAUUCGAAUUUUUCUUAACUUUAUUCUUAAGUUGGAAAAGAAGAAGAAUGUUUGGUGAAUCCGGCCCCAGGUUUUCUGUGUGUGUUUACAUGAUGAGGUCUGUGUUUGUGACGUGUGCAGUUCGACCAGUCAAGGAUUCACAUGAUUCAGUGAUUCGGAUCAGUCAGUGUUGGUGUUUUGAUGUGUCUUAUGUCUUGUUUGUUAGUGAACAAAAUAAAUAUAAUAAUGGUGUGAAGAGCCAACAAGAAUCUUAGUGUCGAUGACAAACCUUUUGUCCAUGUGAUGUUUGUAGUAAAAACACUGAUAUUUCAUGUCUGUACCAUCUAAAGUUUUCAUUUUCACGAUGAUGCCAGCACAGAUCCUCUGAGAUGUAUAAAGUUUUGUGAAUUAUUUUGUGAUCAUACACUGUGUUCAAGGCCUGUGAGAUGUACAGCACAGAUGAAUUAAUCGCCGUCACUAAUCACACUAAUGAAAUGAAUGAUUGACGGUUUCUUAAUCAUGUGGCCAUAAAAGUACAACAAAAGCCUGUUUUUACUUCACUGCUAUGUAAAUAAAGUUUAUUAUCCACUGUUACGCUAGAUUGAAACAAUAACUGCAUGAAAAACCUUGGGUCGAAGGUCAUGUUUACGUUGACAUUAUAGUUUUAAAAUAAAAGUCAUUUCUAAAACCUC